AUGAGCGCAGCUACUUUAGAUUUUGAAGACGUUCGAGUGCUCGAAGAGAAGGAAACCUUCGAACUCAUCAACGUGAACGAGGCUUCGACCGCCCCUCAGCAACCGCCAAAGAUGUUGACGGCACCAGGAUUGAUGACGACUGGAAAUAGUAAUGUUGUUGAGAUGAAAUUCAAAGUGGGCAACACAAAGCCGGGGGCGAGCAACAAAAACAACGGCAAAUUGCUUCUGAAUUUUGAAUCUUCCAAGCGCAAGGCGAACGCGUCGCCGGCGUUCAAGUCGAACCGACGAAAAUCUGCCAACGGUUCCAGAAGUUCUGAUUUGGGAAGAAUUGCCAAGGAAAUUUGUAAUCAAUUGAACGAGCCGAAAGUGAGUUUGAUGCGAAGAGCGCUCGAUAUCGUUGGUGGCGAGAUGGUGUCCAAUUUGGCCGUCGAAGUUCAAAAUAUUGAAAGUAAAGGAGGGAUGCAAACGGCCGAUGGAAGCCGAAGACGAACGCCAGGGGGCGUCUUUUGGGCGUUGUUCAAACAGCGCGUCUCCCAGGAAGUAUACGAAGACGUGUUCGCCGAAGAAAAGGAAAAGGCGAGAGAGCGCCAAAGAAAAAGAAAGUCUGUCCAAAGAACAAAAGAGGCUGACGGAGAACAAGAUAUGGACACGUCCAUGUCGCCGCCGAGCACGGUUGAGAAAGCGAUGGCGCCAUCGUCGUCGCCAUCGUGGGCAGCGGUCGCCAAGACACCAGCGACGAUCAAGGUUAAAGCGAGCUCCAAUAAUGUCGUUGAAGAUUUGACCGAAGAGCUUCCAUCGUACGAAGAGAUGGUUUCCGAUAACGAGACGCCAAAAGCGCCGCCGGCGGAAACGAUGGCGGCGAAGCUUUUCAAGAGCAACAACAAUAGUGGCUUUUUCAAGCCGGGUAAAGAGAAACAAGAUUCCAUGUUUGGCGGGAAAGAGAAGCAAGACGCGCCGACAGCAGGUGCAUCCUUCGCGGAGAAGUUGGACAUGGUCACGCCGAAAGCGUCUUUGAACACCAAGAAGGCAUGGGCGGACGAAGACGAAGACAUGUUUGCCGCGGAAGACGAAGAGUUGUUGAACGCGCCGGUGAAAAAAGCUGCGGACAAAGAGCAAGCUCCAAAAUGGACGGGCGCAUCUUUCGCCUCCGUCAUUGCGAAAUAA